AUGUCCCCAAUAUCUCAAGAAAACCAACGUGCACAGUCGGGCCAGCUGGGUCCAAACGUUGAAGAUUUAUACUUGGAAUCAUAUGCUUUUACUACAGCAGCGGCUAUCGUAGGAUCUGUUGACAGAAAAAUAUUUGUUUUGUUAAGGGAUGGAAGGAAUCUUUUUGGUAUUCUCAGAACUUUUGAUCAAUUCGCUAACUUGGUAUUACAAGAUACUGUGGAGAGGAUUUAUUUGGGUCACGGUGAGACAAACGAAGAAGGUAAAGUGAUUGAAGGACCUACAAGAUUUGCUGAAGCAUAUAGAGGCGUGUUCAUGGUGAGAGGAGAAAAUGUUGUAAUGACUGGAGAGUUAGAUAUUGAUAGAGAGGAUGAUCAUUUGGAGACGUUGGCUCAAAUUCCUUUCGAAGUAGCAGAGAGUGAAUUGAAGAUUCUUCAAAAUAAAAGAAUUAAAGAUGAAAAGCUUAAAAGUAAACGGUUACUCAAUAAAGGCUUCAUAAACGAUUUUGUGAAGUCUGAUUUGUAUUAA